GCUGGUAAAUGUAGUCACCAGAAGCGUCAAAAAUGGUGGAUGUUCAGCCUCCGCCUUUCCGAACCCUGGACGAUUUUCUUCUGGGUUCGGCCCGAUUCUCAGUGCCUGAUGUCCGUAACUUAGAUCGGUGGAAUAACCGGAUCAUUAACAACCUGCUGUAUUACCAGUCGAACUAUUUUGCCUCCGCCGUGGCAUUUCUGGUUAUAGUCGGGUAUUUCCAACCGCUCCAGCUGAUCCUUGGGGCAACAGUUGUGAUCCUGCUGUUUUUUGGGUUUGUCUGGGCGGCUGAAAACAAGGCCGUAAUCCGACGAUUCCGGAGGAACCAUCCAUCGCUCUCCCUGGCUGCAAUUUUGGGCUCCAGCUACCUUCUUCUGUCUGUUUUAGGAGGGGUAGCUGUUUUCCUCUUUGGCAUUGCCUUCCCCAUUUUAAUGAUCCUUAUCCAUGCUUCAGUGAGACUCCGAAGCCUUAAGAAUAAACUGGAGAAUAAGUUGGAGAGUAUAGGAUUGAAGAGGACUCCUAUGGGCCUGCUGCUGGAAGCACUGGGACAGGAACAAGAGGCUGGAUCAUAGCUGUGUUUACUAUUGCCUAACUGUGCUGUCGCUCACCCCUUCUAUUCUAGGAGCUUCUUACAUGUCUAAAAUGUAUAUGAAAACAGAUAUUGGCAAAACAUGUAUGGCAUAUUGCUAAAGCCUUUCAAAAAUGCAGGAAGGGCACAGUGGACAGGAUAAAAUUUUACAAUGCAGUAUAUGAAAGAUUGCCGAAGUAAAAAGAGAGAUUACAGAAUCAGGUGUGUAUAACUAUUAGGUGUCCAAAUAUAAAAACAGCAAUAUAAUGCUUUGUAAAUAGGAUGUAGUGUUAUUCAGUUGACUUUUUUAUUUGAGUAACAGUCCAUUAUUACUCCAUUUAAUUGUGCCUGCACUUUUAUUCCAUCCCUAAAUGUGUUUUCUGUGAGGAACGCUUCAUUUUGUGAAUUGUGUUUGAAGGAUAUCUGAAGAGAGUGUCUUAUUUGCCUAUUCGUUACAUGACCAAAUAUUAUUUUUACUGAUUGUUCUGAUUUAUUUACAACGAAGUUGUGCUAUGCCAUAAGCUGUGUUUGCACAAGUGCCAAGGUAAAUACUUCUCAGUUAUUGCAACAUAAAAUAGCGACCAAGAAUAUUCAUUAUGUUUCCAUUUGCAUCACAAAUUGGCAUUGUUGCAGAAAAUGUCUGAUCUCAUUUUAAGGAGAGAUACAAACUGUAGCCAUAGACAGAAAUGUUCUAAUAAA